GGCCCGAGGAUCUUUGACCUCCGCUUCCAGGGAGAACGGCUAGCUUAUGAGAUCAGCGUCCAGGAGGCCCUGGCCAUCUAUGGUGGAAACUCCCCCGCAGCAAUGAUGACCCGCUACAUUGAUGGCAGCUUUGGCAUGGGCAAGUACGCCACGCCCCUGACCCGUGGGGUGGACUGUCCCUACCUGGCCACCUACGUGGACUGGCACUACCUGUUGGAGUCCCAAACCCCCAAGACGAUACGAGAUGCCUUUUGUGUGUUUGAAC